CUUAAACCUUAGGGUUUUGCGUCAUUCGCCAUAGAACAGAUUGAGCAGCCAUGGUAGCAAAACAGUUAGCUGAUGACGAACCACAAAAAACCCUCAAGGGUUCUCAAUCCAAAUCCCAUAAGAAAAGACAUAAGAGAAAGCUCGAAGACCCUGAACCUGAAGAAGUUGCUGUUAUAGAGUCCAAGAAAGAGAAACAGAAGAAGAGAAAGCAGAAACAGAACCAAGAAGAAGAAGGGUCUAUUGUAAACAGUGAAAAUCUUAGUGGGUCUAAUGGAAAGGUUGAAACUUUUAACGGGCCAGCUGAGUUUUCUGAAAAAAGUAGUACAAAUGUGGUGGUAACUGGUAAGGAUGCUAAUGAGUCAAAGUACAAAGCUUUAGCAAAAUUUGUGGAUUCAGGGCUUCCAAGUGAUGUGUUAGAUUGUUGCAAGAAUUUUGAGAAACCAUCACCAAUUCAAUCACAUUCAUGGCCUUUUCUUUUAGAUGGCCGUGAUUUCAUUGGAAUUGCCAAAACUGGGUCAGGUAAGACUUUGGCUUUUGGUAUUCCGGCUAUUAUGCAUGUCCUGAGCAAGAGAAAGAGUAAAAAGUCUAAGAAUCCGCUUUGCCUCGUGCUUUCGCCUACAAGGGAGCUAGCUCAACAAAUAUCAGAUGUUCUCUGCGAUGCUGGGAAGCCUACUGGCGUGCAGUCAGUUUGUCUAUAUGGUGGAGUCGAUAAGCAUCAUCAAAAAGCUUCUCUUAAAUCUGGUGUGGAUAUUGUUAUUGGAACCCCUGGUCGUUUGCAGGAUAUGAUGGAAAUGGGAGCAUGCAACUUAAAAGAGGUUUCUUUUGUGGUGCUAGAUGAAGCUGAUCGGAUGCUCGAUUUAGGUUUUGAACCCGCUGUCCGUGCCAUUUUGAGCCAAACAUGCUCUGUUCGACAAUCGGUUAUGUUCAGUGCUACAUGGCCUCCGGCUGUUCAUCAAUUAGCUCAAGAAUUCAUGGAUCCUCAUCCAAUCAAGGUAGUUGUAGGUUCAGAAGAUUUGGCUGCCAACCACGAUGUCAUGCAAAUUGUCGAGGUCUUGGAAGAUAGAGCCCGUGAUGAGCGUUUACAGUGCUUGCUGGAAAAAUACCACAAGUCUAGAAAGAACAGAGUAUUGGUUUUUGUUUUGUACAAGAAGGAAGCAUCUCGGGUUGAAAUUAUGCUACAGAAAAGGGGUUGGAAAGUUGUGUCCAUUAGCGGUGACAAGCAACAACAUGCUCGUACUAAGGCGUUGUCACUCUUUAAGGAUGGAAGCUGUCCUUUAAUGAUAGCUACUGAUGUAGCUGCUCGAGGUCUAGAUAUCCCGGAUGUUGAAGUUGUGAUAAAUUAUAGUUUUCCUUUGACGACAGAGGAUUAUGUUCAUAGAAUUGGAAGAACUGGACGGGCUGGUAAAAAAGGUGUAGCUCAUACAUUCUUCACUAAGGACAACAAGGGACUUUCUGGGGAGUUGAUAAAUGUCCUCAGAGAAGCUGGACAGGUUGUUCCAGCUGCCCUUCUUAAUUUUGGAACCCAUGUAAAGAAAAAGGAAUCAAAGCUCUAUGGUGCUCAUUUUAGAGAAAUAGAUGCAAAUGCUCCAAAGGCUACAAAAAUUAAAUUUGACAAUUCUGAUGAGGAAGAUUGAGAAGCAAUAUCAUCUUUACCAAUUUGUCAUUGAGUUGCAGCAGCACAACUCCAUUGAAUUAGUUCCUCCCUUCAUCAUUCUGACAUUCCGUGCAAUCAUUUGGCGGAUACAUGGAGAAGUGGAUUACUAUGGGAAGAAUGCUAGAGAUAUCUCACAGAUAUUUGCUCAUGUAUUGGCGCUUCAACCUGUCAUAGAUAAUGAGUUUGAAAUAUUGUGUUUUUGUACCUUAAUAUUCUUUUCAUGUACUCGUUUUCAUCAUACAGUUGGCUUAGAUUUUUUUUUUUUUAAGGAUCCAAAUGUAGUAAUACGCUUAUUAUUAUUAUUAUUAUUAUUA